AUGACCGACCGACACGUGUUGUUUCUCUUCGGAGGUGAUCAAUCGUGGAAGUCCAGCGCUUGGACCGCUUCCGACGACCGCGUUCGAGGGGGUCGCAGUCAGUCUUAUUUGCGAUGCCAAAAUGUCGGGCCAGCAGAGUUCCAUGGUCAUCUCGACAUCACGGCGCUCGGGGGCGCUGGGUUCGCAUCGCAGCGGACUGUUGGGUCCCUCGACCUGGAUUUGACUUGUUAUGAAGGGCUCAGCAUUAGCAUCAGUCACAGUGACGGCAAGAAAUACACUUUGACGCUGAAGGACGAGAUAUUGCCGCGGCGACCCGAUGGACGCGAGCAGAGUACAGUUAGUUGGGAGUUUGAUUUUGUGCAUCCUGACUCUGGGGAGCUGUUUAUCAAAUGGGCCGAUUUCAAGCCGACAUAUCGAGGGAAGCCGAAACCUGACACGGCCCCGCUGGAUCUCGCCCAUGUACAGAGAAUCAGUUUUAUGAUGCGAAGCUUCUUCGGUGAGCAGCAGGGAGACUUUGAACUGGCUAUCAACCACGUUGCGGCAUUCAACACGCGGUCCUCGUCCGGGUCGUUGUCCCUUUCGUCGUCGACAGCAUCAGUGGAAGUGCCCGACUUGGACAAGGUUCAAGACAAAGGCAAACAUACACAGGACGGUCACCGCGAGGCUUCUUGGAAAAAGUGGUUGUGCGGUUGGGCUAGAUGA